AUGGUGGGACGACUAACCGGAGUAGUCAAACGAGUGAAGGAUGUGGCCCCACUGCUGACAGCUGUCCACUGCAGCAUCCACCGUGAGGCUCUGGCCACAAAGACGAUGUCUGCAGACUUAAAUAAGGUGUUGAAUGAAGCUGUAAAAACUGUCAAUUUCAUCAAAAGUCGUCCCCUGCAGUCCCGCUUGUUUGGGAUCCUGUGCGCGGAGAUGGGGAGCGAACACAGACAGCUUCUCCUUCACACAGAGGUCCGGUGGCUCUCACGCGGCAAAGUGCUCACGCGCCUUUACGAACUGCGCGAUGAAGUCAGAGUCUUCUUUGUGGACGUUCGUUUUGAGUUGGCCGAGCGAUUCUGCGACUUUGAAUGGCUCUGCAAGUUGGCUUAUUUGGCUGACAUUUUUGGAUACUUAAAUGGACUCAACCUGUCACUACAGGGGAAAACAGUGACUGUGUUUCAAGUGCAGAAUAAGAUUGAUGCCACAAUUAAAAAGUUUGAGAUGUGGGAUCGCAGAGUUGGACAAAAUAACUUUGAGUCCCUGGACAGCUUGUCGGACUUGUUGGGCAGCGAAGAGAGUGAGAUUCCCAGGUCGGUGGCAAGCGCUGUCAGCGCGCACCUGCAGGCCCUCGGAACCCAGCUUCGCAAGUAUUUCCCUGCACAAGACAACAUGAACAACUGGAUAGAAAACCCAUUUGUUAUCCAGGCUCAGGACGCAGCAGGACUUUCUUCAAGAGAGCAGGACAGCCUCGUGGAACUAUCUUGGGGCCGGGACUGCCUCGCUUCAUCGGCCAUAAUCACAGGCUCUAUCCAGGCCAUCAAACAAUAUAACGAGCGCAUACAUCAGCUCGCUCCACCUGACGGAAAACCUAUCCACCACAAUGCGAGCACAAAGGAUGACAUCGCUGCCAACUCAGCAAUGACCACUGCUGUAAUGGGCUGCCUCAAUCCUGUGAAACAGCUGAAGAUGGCUUUGGUGGAGCCCCUGACCCCCAGCGGAACAGCCCCCAAUCAGGCCCAACUCAGGAUCCUGAAGGAGACCGAGCUGAAGAGAGUCAAGAUCCUGGGCUCUGGUGCAUUCGGGACUGUCUAUAAGGGUAUUUGGGUUCCCGAGGGCGAGACAGUCAAGAUCCCGGUCGCCAUCAAAAUCCUGAGCGAAGCCACUGGCCCCAAAGCCAACGUGGAGUUCAUGGACCGGGGGUCCCACGUCCAGCUCGAGCCAAUCUGUGCCGUCUGCUGCCUUGUUAAGCAGCAAUCUAAAGGCAGCCUCACGCUCCGCCGCUGGGAAACUGGCCACUGGAGUGCGGACCCCACCGUCACGUAA